AUGGAUAGUGUUGAAUACCUUAUAGGUACUUGUUACCUAUGUGCAAAAUGUCUGUAUUGCAAGGAAGAUUCUUCAAAACUUUUAUGUGAAUGUGAUAAAAAUAUAUCACCUACAACAAGAAAUCCUAAAUCAACAAAAUCAGAUUUAGCUAAACCUAUUAAACAAGCAACAAACAAGUAUUUUACUAAUAUAUUCGAGACCAACAAUAAUCAUAUAGCUUUCAAUGAUCAUACAUCUUUUAAUAUUGAUACAAAGACUGACAGAUUUGGUUAUACUAAUUUUAAUACUGAUAUACCAGUUUGUGAUAAUUUGGAUUUUUUAAAUGAAGAGGUUAAAGAAUUAGAUUUAGAAAAUGCUAAUAGUGAUUUCAAUAGACUGUUAGAAGAGUUAGAUACUAAGAAUAAUAAGUAUAAAAGCAAUAAAUUUUUACUUAAAUUAUAUAUUAAAAAUCAAGAUAAUAUUACAAUACCUGCCAAACGAUUGAAUAUUUUAGCAAAUUCUUCAUAUAAAGUAGCAAAAGAAACUGGAACGGGAACUCAAAUUAUUGAUGAAAAGGAUUUUAAAAGUUUUACUGAGAAUUAUAAUCAAGCUGCAAAUAAAAAAAAGGAUGUUCCUGUUGGGUUACUAAAACAGGUCAUAUUAAACUAUCAGGAAUGCAUUAUACUACUUGGGCUUGAGCAAUUAUUAGCAAAUAUUGACACACCAUCUAGUUAUGCAAUAUUUACAUCUCCACCUAAAGUAAGAGGAAUAUCUAAUUCAAAUCAAUCUCCAUUACAACAAUUAUUACAACCAGUUUCACAACUACCAUUACAAUUAUCCUCACAAUUAUCCUCACAAAUACCCUCACAGACAUCUUCACAAAUACCUUCACAAAUGCAUCUACAAAUGCCUUCACAAAUGUCUUCUCAAAUGCCUUUUUCACAAAUAGGCUUACAAAUGCCUAUGCAAAUGUCCUUACAAAUUCCUUCACAACCAUCUUCGCAAAUGCUAUCUAAUUUUUCAAAUUAUUCACUACAACCAUCAACUAAUUUUUUUUCACAUUACUCUAAUAUUCCCUUACCAGUAUUACCAAAUUUUCCUUUAUACAUACUAUCAAAUUUCUCUUCACAAUUAUUAUUUUCUAUCUCUUCACAACCUUAUUUUAUGCCAUUUCUGAUUUUGCCUAACUUAUCACAAGAAUUAACAACUUCUUUAAGAUGUAUUCCCGAACUUAAAGAAUUUUUGACUAAUAUGGAUAAAGCUAAAAAUGCGAAUAGAGAAAUUUUAGCAUGUUUAUCAAAAUUUCAAGAUCAUGCCAUUCAAGUUAAGCAGAUAUGUAAAUUAAAUGAUAAACAAUUUGAAUUGGUGGGAAUUACUAAAACAGGAUGGAAAAUUGCAUUGCAAGAGGCUUCUAAUAAAUAUAACUAA